AUGGCGGGUCGCGCUCUUUUGCUCGCUGUCGUCGUCCUGACAGCGCAGCUGUGCGGGUGCACGGCGUACGUCGGCGACGGCGGCGGGUUUAGCGUGGAGUUCAUCCACCGGGACUCUCCCAAGUCGCCGUUCCACGACCCGUCGCUGACCUCGUACGACCGCGUGCUCGCCGCCGUGCGGCGCUCCAGGGCGCGCUCGCGCUCGUACGCAGGCGGCGGCUCUCCUGGCGGCGCCGUGUCCGAGGUGGUGUCCGCUCCGUUCGAGUACCUGAUGUACGUCAACGUGGGCACGCCGCGCACCCGGAUGCUCGCCCUGGUCGACACCGGCAGCGACGUGGUGUGGUUCAAAUGCAGCAACGGGACCGCCGGCCCUGCGCCGCUGAGCGCCGUCUUCGACCCGUCCUCCUCGUCGUCCUACGGCCUCGUGGGCUGCCGGUCCGACUCGUGCCGCGCGAUCUACGGCACCUCCUGCGGCGCCGACUCCUUCUGCCGGUACCGCUCCACGUACUCGGACGGGUCCACGACGGCCGGCAUCCUCUCCACCGAGACAUUCACCUUCGACGACGCUCCCGGCGGCUGCGUGGGAUGCCGGGAACGCCCGCAGCUGCAGGUGCCCGGAGUCAGCUUCGGCUGCGCCACGAGCGUGACCGGCAAGGCGUUCCGCCUGACCGGCAACGUGGGCCUCGGCGCCGGGAGCGGCUCCCUGGUGAACCAGAUCGGCGCCGCGACGUCGCUCGGGCGGAGGUUCUCGUACUGCCUCGCGCCCUUCUUCGUCGACGCGUCCUCCAUCCUCAGUUUCGGCGCCCGCGCCGCCGUGACGGAGCCGGGCGCGGUGACCACGCCGCUGGUCCCGUCCGCGGUGGACGCCUUCUACACGAUCCUGCUCGCGUCCGUCAAGGUCGGGAACUCGACCGUCGUGCCGCCGAGGCGGUCCCCCGUCAUCGUCGACUCCGGCACGGUGCUGACGUACCUCGACAAGGGGCUGCUGGAGCAGGUCGUGGCGGAGGUCGCCCGGAGCAUCAAGCUCCCGCGGAAGCAGUCGCCGGAGAAGCUGGUGGAUCUGUGCUACGACGUGGCCGGUGAGUCGCCCGAGGCCUGGGCGAAGCUUCUCCCGGAGGUGACGCUGGGGUUUGGCGGCGGCGCCGCGAUCACCCUGCCGGCGCGGAACGCGUUCGUGGAGGCGCGGAAGGGGACCGUGUGCCUGGCGAUGUCGGCGGUGACGGAUGAUGGGCCGGCGGUGGCGACGAUCGGGAGCAUCGCGCAGCAGGGCUUCCACGUCGGCUUCGACCUGGACAAGCGCGCCAUCACCUUCGCCGCUGCCGACUGCGCCAGCUCCUACUCCGCUCCUCCCGCCGCAGUCUCUUUGUAG